GCCCGCGAGCAGCCGUCGCCGCCGUCGUCCGCACCCGUUCGGAGAGCGUUGGGAGACGCGCACAGCCCGCCAGCACAGCAGCUGCCAGCCGGAGCAGAGCGAAGCCAGGCUUGGCAGCGAGGAGCGAGCCGGUGACGAUGGGUUGCAACUGCGGCCGAAUGACACGUUUCUGGCUGCUGGCGCAGAACCUGGUGCUGUUCUGCGCGGCGCUCGUGCUUCUGAGCGUCAGCGUGGAUGCGCUGGUCGAGGAGCAGUCGUACGUGGCGACGCUGCUGGGUGCGCCCGUCUCGCGCGGCACUGCCAUGCUGCUGGCGGCCGCCGCCUCGCUGGUGCUGGUGGUGAGCUUCCUCGGCUGCUGCGGCGCGCUGUUCCAGAGCGUGGUCCUGGUGGGUCUUUUCGGCUGCUUCAGCGUCCUGCUGCUGGUGGUCAGCGUGGCCGGCUUCUGCUCGGCGCUGUACGUGGCCGGGCCGGGCGCCGCCGCCGCCCAGAGCAGCAUGCUGCGCUCAAUGGUGCGUUACGGCCGCGACACGGAGGUCACCCAGGCCUGGGACUUCCUGCAGCGCGACUUCCACUGCUGCGGCGUCGUUGACGGCAAAGACUGGGCGCUCAACGCCACCAUCAACGCCACCGUGCCGGAGAGCUGCUGCCGCCGCAGCAACGGCACCUACCUGCCCUGCACGGAAUCUCCGACCGGGCAAAACUCGUACGUGGCCGACGGGUGCCUGGCCUCGGCGCGACAGCUAUUCGUCGACCACACGCCUGCCUUCGCCGGCGCCGCCGCCGCCGUGGUGCUCUUCCUGGCCAUUUCGGCCGGCAUGGCGUGCUGCUUCGGCAAGAACAUCCGUCAAGCGUCUUAUGAGCGCCUCACAGUCUGAUACGGUCCGCGUUCUGGAGUAUCGCGGCCUGACGCGAGUCGCCGACGAAGCCCUGGACAUCUCGGACGGGAAGAGCCGGCACCUGCGCCCGCCCGGCCACGGCUCCGACCAAUAGUCCGCCCAAAUACAGACGUUUGGUGCGUGGUGUGUGUCUGUAUCCCGGUGUCUCCACACUCCCUGUCCGCGAUCGCGUGCAGUGCUUUAUCUGAUCGUUCCUAUACGUCCUUCCGCGCGGGGUCGCGAUGCGGCUGCUGCGCGCGCUGUGCUGCCGCGCGCCGCUGCCGUCGGCGCUGUACGUGUCCGGCCGCGCCGCUGACCGCGUCGUCUCCGUGCUGCGGCCGUGCCUCGACGACGCGCUGCAGUCUGCGUAUGCGGACGCGCUGCGCGAGAGCGUGCGCCGCCGCGGCUGGCACGAGGACGUGGACGCGCUCGUGCGCGACCACCACCGGCUGGAAAUGCUCACCGCCGAGAAGGCCGAGCUGACGCGGCAACGCGCUGAGA